UGGCCCAGGCCCGUGUAGCCCCGGGGUCUGGUGACUGGUGUGGGGGGCAGGGAAGGCGGUCCAGUCCUCGCCGUGGCCACCCUGACCUCUGAGGGCAGCGCAGGCGGAGGGGACUUCUCCCGGGGUGUGAGCUCGCACAAAGAUGGUCUUUGUGGGGGCUCUGGGCUGAGUGGGCACCCACGGGGCAUUCCUGGUCCGGCUGGCCUGGGGGUGGCUUCGACCAGGGCCUGGGGCGAUGGGUGAGGGCCGGAGGUGGCUCUCAGGCUCGCCUCAUUCAUUUUUCUGGAGUCUCCAAGGACACAGCAGGGCGGAUGGACACGUUCAGCACCAAGAGCCUGGCCCUGCAGGCGCAGAAGAAGCUGCUGGGCAAGAUGGCGUCCAAGGCCACGGUGGCCGCGUUCAUCGAUGACGCGAGCGGCGAGGUGCUGGACGAGCUGUACCGCGCCACCAAGGAGUUCACCCGCAGCCGCAAGGAGGCCCAGAGGAUGGUCAAGAACCUGGUCAAGGUGGCCGUGAAGCUGGGCGUCCUGCUCCGCGGCGGCCAGCUGGGCGGCGAGGAGCUGGCGCUGCUGCAGCGCUUCCGCCAGGGGGCGCGCCGCCUCGCCAUGACGGCCGUCAGCUUCCACCAGGUGGACUUCACCUUCGACCGGCGCGUGCUGGCCGCCGGCCUGCACGAGUGCCGGGACCUGCUGCACCAGGCCGUGGGCGCGCACCUGACCGCCAAGUCCCACGGCCGCAUCAACCACGUCUUCGGCCACUUGGCCGACUGCGACUUCCUGGCCGCGCUCUACGGCCCCGCCGAGCCCUACCGCUCGCACCUGCGCCGGAUCUGCGAGGGCCUCACCCGGAUGCUGGACGAGGACAGCAUAUGACCUCCGGCCCGGGGUUUCCUGAGGGGGGGAGGGGGGGUGGGGUCGUUCUAGAACCUCUUUUCUCCCGCCCGAUUCUGGCCAAAUCCCCGGGACAGGCGGCCUUCCCCCCCGAGAGGAGGCUGAUCCGUUGGAGGCGGCGGUUUUAAGGACUCUGGUCGCCCCUCCUCCCGCACCGUCUCAACAGGAGAAGAGCUCAGCCUGCGGGGGCGCGGCCUCCCCACGCACCCCGAGGCUGCUGCCCACCCAGGCCUGCCUGACCCGACCCCCAGCACCCCUACACUCCCUCGAUCCUUCUGAAGGCUGGCACCUGCCACCUCGUCAUGUUAACGAUGUUGCCUGUUCCUUCCGACAGGGUCGUGGUGAACGGGAAGAAAGGGAGUGUUGGGGGGGUGAGCUGCAGCUCCCCAAAUUCUUGGGUUGAAGUUCUAGCCCCCAGAACCUCUGAAUGCGCCCUUGUUUGGAAAUCGGGCCCUCGCCGAUGGAAUCAGUUGAGGUCACGCUGGAGUGGGGGCGGGCCCCUGAUGCCGCAUGACUGGCGUCCUCGUAAGGGGACAUUCAGACAGAGAAGGCCGUGUGAAGGUGGGGGCAGACUCUGCAUGGCUGUCUACCAGCCAGCGGCCUCCAGAAACUGGGAGAGCCCCCUGAACGGCCUUCGGAAGGAACCAGCCCAACGGACGCCUCGACUGCAGACUCCCGCCUCCGCCUCCAGGGCUAGGAGGGCACAGAUUCCCGCUCUUGCCCUGGGGGUCGAGCGCAGGCAGCCAGGAGAGUGCGGGGGGUGGGGGCUGUGGGCGAGGAUUUGGUUGGGAUCGCUGCCCUGACUCCCACGCGGGAGGAGACGGAGUGUGCCCCCUUGCUCGGGGCUCAAGGGGAAAGCCAUCGGAGAUGCGCGCCCGUUUAAAACUGGUUAUUUCACUUGUGCUUGGUGGCAGGUGUUUCCCCAAGACCUCCGAGAGCGAAGCUCGGCCAGUUCUGGCUUUGGCGACACCCCUGGAAGAUGCGCCACUCUCACCUUGGGGCACAGAUGGGCACGUGGGGUGUGGGAGUGAGUCCGUGACUUCUGUGUGUCGGAGGGGGACACGCGUUUUAACAGGCCGCAGAACGCUCUACAGGCCGGUCCCCUGACGCGCCGGGAAGGCUACUCUGGGCGCCCGCGGGGACGGGGAAAAUGGCCCGUGACCGUUUUUUGCAGAGCCAGGUCUGUUGGGCGAAGCCUUCACACGGGAGGCCUGCAGGCCUUUUUAGGCCAGAAGAUGGGUUUGGUUGACUCCGUCCGUCGUUCGAGACGUUUGGCAUUAGUUAAAAACGAGGAAGUUACACGUA